UCAAUAAUUCAAUUCAAAUUGCCUUCAGCGAAAAGUGAGGAUAGUGGUGGAAUAACGGGUUUAUUAAAUUUACAGCAUUUAAAUUAAUUAUCAAGGUUUUUAAAUUUUUUCCUGAAUACGUGUACAGAUUAUUGAAAGUGCUCACUCGUUCAAGAAUUUUUGAGACGUAACCAAUAGAAAAUCUGUAUGGAAAAAUGUUAGUUUGAGCGCACCGCACAUUUUAUUACUUUUGUAAUAAAUAUAAUUACAAAAUAGUCUUUCAUUUACAGUUUGACUCACCGUGUAGUAUUAGUAUAAAAAAAUAAUUAUUCUUUGUAUUCUCAUCAUAGUUUUGUGUGUGAUUAAUUUCAAUUUGUAUCUAAAUAAAGCAUCAUGCAAGGAUUACUACUGUGUGUGCCUUUGUACACUACUGCGGUGUUCAUAUUUGGUGCCUCAAUAACAGCCGGGCUAUUUGUAUUCCAUGUAGCCGUCGUGCCUUUGAUAUUCAAGUACUCUAAGACAUUCCAGCGUAGUUUGAUAUUUGCGAAUUUCGUCCAAUGGCCAUUCCACAUAGACUAUGAGGACCCAACUUCUAGUGGUAUAGAAGGUGGAAGAAAUAUUACUAUUGAAUACCAGUCAAAGGUCGAUAAGUGUCCAAUUAAAUUGGGUAUCUGGCACAUUCUACCAAAGAGUUGUUACGAGAAAUUAAAAGGGAAUUUCGAAGACAACUCCGAUAAAGAGGUGCUGAGUAAGCGCUUAGACGACGAGCUUCGUAAUUCUAAACGGCCUAUCAUACUCUAUUGCCAUGGCAAUUCCAACUCCCGCGCAGCGUCUCACCGAAUCGAAUUAUACAAAUUCUUCCAAAAAAUGGAUUUUCAUACAAUCGCAUUCGAUUAUCGAGGUUACGGUGAUUCCACAAACAUAAAUCCCAGUGAAAAUGGCGUCGUCGAAGAUUCACUUAUUGUGUACGAUUGGCUGAACAAUACAAUAGACAACGGUCAAGACAGACCCGCUGUUUUUGUGUGGGGACAUUCUUUGGGUACAGGAAUAUCGUCGCAUCUCCUAGGAAACCUAGGAGAGCUAUCUAGGAAUGUCCUUGAUCGUCCUAAUCCGUUACCUCAAGCGCAAGGACUGAUUUUGGAAGCGCCUUUCAGUAAUUUGGCAGACGAAGUCGCGAACCACCCGCUAGCUCCGGUGUUUCUAGUAAAUUGGCUGCCAUACUUCGAAGCGACAUUCGUGUCACCGUUCGUGAAUAACAAGAGGCAUUCGUUUAAAUCAGACGAACAUUUGUCGAAGGCCAAAGAUCUACCCGUUUUAAUAUUGCAUGCGAAAGAUGAUGUUGUUGUGCCCUUCUGUGUAGGGGUAAAGCUAUACAGAUCCAUAGUGGAAUCAAGAAACAACGACGACUCCAAAGUAUCUCUACACGCGUACGACAAAGAUGAGAGUCUCGGACACAAAUAUAUAUGUCAUGCCAAAGAUUUAGCUCAAGUUAUUGGUGAAUUCGUCACAAAACACCGUUAAAUGCAAUCUUCACAACUACUCGGUUGCGGGUUCGAUUCCAGCUAUGUUGGAUAGUGCUUAAAUUUGCUUUGCGCUUUUCGUGUCCUAAUUGGCAAAUUUUCGUACGAUUUUAU